AUGGAACACUGUAAAGUUUGUGGGCAACCCACCUUCACCGACACCAGGGACAGCUCGGAAUGCGAGCCUCCUCCACAGAAGGUGGCCAAACUCGCGGCAGUUGGGCAGCUCACGCUGCCAGCGGAACUUUGGACGGAGGUAUUCGGGAGCUUGUCGGCUUGGGAUCUGCUCAAGGUGCGGCUGGUUUGUCACCGCUGGAGGAAGCUCGUGAAUGGAAGUUCCACGCUCAGGGGCAAACUUGUGGUGCAGUUUCCGGAGUUUGUCAUGAUGGAUCGUGAUUAUGCGCCCUCGAAUUUGCUUCCGGCGUCAAUUGUCACGUUCAGCCGUGCCAAAAUUGCAACGGUCGGUUCCUGGUGGACGUCGUUCGGAGCGGGGGUCGUCCAUUUAACCAUGAACCAUUGUAACGUGUUGCUUCCGAACAUGCUAAGCCUGCUGAAGCUAACUCCAAAUCUCAAGGAGCUGCACCUGUCGGACAUUCUGAUUGACACGCUUGAUGAAGCGCCGGCGAUGGCCGACUUCCAGAUGGAACAAAUGGAAUUGUUGCACAUCGAUUUGAACUACCAUGGUCAAAAUUUAGGCGUCUUUCUGGAGCUGUGUCCGAACUUGAAGGAUUUAGCUCUCCUCUGCGAACUUUGCUCCGACGAAUUUAAAAACCUGCUGCUGCAACUACCAUCGUAUUUGAGAAAAAUUAGCGCAACGCUGGAAUCGCUUCAAGUUAUCCAGACGGAGCACCUUUUGGCUGAAUUAUGCAGCUUGGAUCUACCGAAACUGAAGCGGCUUUACCUGAACAAAUGCGAAUCAAGAUGUAAAAACAACCGAGCUCUGGUCGAAAUCUGUCGAACGCAUCCGACCCUCGAAGUGCUCGAUAUAGAGGAUGUCAGCGCAAGCAACGAAAUGAUUCUACACGAAGUCGGCGCACUUUUGCCGAACCUGAAAUGGCUUGCGGUCAAGGUACCGAAAGCACCCGGAAUUCAACCGUCGCUGGAGUUCACACCACAGCUGCAAUACUUGCGACUCAAAGGCUCCACCUUUGUCUACCCGGAGCCCACGUUCGCCAGCAAAUGCCCAUACCUGCAGGAACUACACCUGGAACGGGUUACUUUCCAGGAACCGGACAGCCUGCGGCGCUUCCUAGCCCGCUCGCCGAACGUCCGCGAGCUGCACCUCGAGGAGUGCAAGCUUGGGUACUGGUCCUGCCUGCUGACGGCCAUCCGAACCCAGAAGCAACUGCGCCGGCUGACGCUGCGGUAUUUGACAGUCGAAGAUGCCGGCCGGUGCUGCAUCGAUUACCUGGACAAUCUCACUACGCUCGAGUUGAUCGGGUUCAAGGUGCACCAGCAGACGAUGGUCGAGCUGUUUACGAUGGGCGCGGGCAGCUUGAAGCAGCUCACGAUGGUUGGGCUGAAUGAUACGCUGGACUUUGAGGUGGUGGACGUGAUGUGUCAGAAGCUGCGGCGGCUCAGCCAGCUGACAAUCAAAAACUGUACGCUGUCCAAGGAGCACUGCAAACAGGUGCGGGAGCGGUUUGGAUCGGUGGAGAGGCUGAUUGUAGUUGGGGAAAUGUGA